UAAUGGCGUAAUGACGUGAAAACUAUUUGUUGUUAUCGAUCUCCAAAGCACUUUUCAGAGGAAGCCCAAAGGUUACCAAACACGUUUUCGUUCCACCCACCAGGUGACGAACCCAAACCCCAAUCCCAACUCCAACCCCAACCCGUCUCAUUUCCUUGAUUAUUCGGACCCAGCAAAAUGGAAGGGAAUCCCAACAGAGCCGAAGCCGAGCGAUUACUGGGAAUCGCCGAGAAGCUCCUGCAGACUCGAGAUCUAACCGGGUCGAGAGACUUCGCCAUCCUAGCCCAGGAGACGGAGCCCCUUCUGGAAGGCUCGGACCAGAUCCUGGCCGUGGCGGACGUGCUCCUCGCGGCGGAGAAGCGCAUAAACAACCAUCAUGACUGGUACGCGAUCCUCCAGCUCGACCGCCGCUCCGAUGACCAGGACCUCAUUAAGAAGCAGUAUCGCCGCCUCGCGCUGCUUCUCCACCCGGACAAGAACAAGUUCCCCCUCGCGGAUCAGGCCUUCAAACUUGUCGCCGACGCCUGGGCCGUCUUCAACGACCGCUCCAAGAAGUCCCUCUACGACAACGAGCUCAGCCUCUUCUCCAAGGUCGAUCUCGCCGCGCAGCAGUCGAAAUUGCCGGUCCGCCGGAGCCAGCACCCGGGCGACAAGAGGAGCCAGCAGAAUAGAGAGAGCCCGGAGGAUCAACGGCUGAGAUUGUCGAGCUUCUGGACGAUGUGCCCGUACUGCUACAACCUCUACGAGUACCCUAGGGUUUACGAGGGCUGUUGCCUGCGGUGCCAGAACUGCCGCAGGGGCUUCCACGCGGUGCUCAUCCCGUCGUUGCCGCCGCAAGUGUCGGGCCAGGAGGCCUACUAUUGCUGCUGGGGGGUCUUUCCAAUGGGCUUCGCGAUCGGAAAUUCGGAUAAUGUGGCGAAAAGCGCCGCCGUGGCUGAAUCGGGAUAUCCGAAUUGGAUGCCGCCGUUGUUUCACCAGGCUCCGCCGCAAGGGAGCGGUGGGAAUGGCGCGAGACCGCCGUUGGUGCAGGCGGAAAACGUUUCGGCUUCGGGAUUCCCCCCGAAGAAGAGAGGAAGGCCCCGGAAAAAUCUAGUGCCAGCCUGAUUGGUUGAUUUGUGGGCCUCCUCCUAUAUGUAUUGUGUUUGGCAUUUUGUUCUUUGAUGGUAAAGAUACAAAGAGCGCCAAUGCGGAGAAAGCCGUGAUUGUGGGGGGCCGAUGAUAAAAGCUGUUGGAAUUUGGAUGGUGAUGAUGGAGGACGGCUGGACGGGGAAGUAGGGUGUUGAUCGUGGGGUUUGGGAGAGUCGUAGGUAUUGUUGUUAUUGUUGUUGUCGUUGUAAUGUACUUGUGUAGAUUUCAGAUGUUUUUUCUUUUUCUUUUUAACUGAUGGGAUCAAAGUGUAAUUUUGUUAAUUAGUAUCCAGAAAAUGGGAUUUCAAGAAGUUUUUUUGACCACUCA